UCAAACUGCGACUGCCGGGAUCCCAUAGCCUUGAGCCAGGGCCGUGUACUGCACAGUGGUGCCAAAGUGCAUUCAUUUGUUCUGUGCAGUGUGCUCCGGCUCCUUCUGCAAAUGGGCGGGAGGCUGAGGUCAGCAGGAGGAGCCUCGCCAGCACGGAUCCGACUUGCCCCGACUUGUCUUUUGCCGCCCCUCUUCCUUCUUCCCUUCCCAUCCCGAGGCCACGAAGCCACGCAGCCCUGAGCCAGGCACGCAGAUUGCCCCCAGGAUACAGAAGCCUUCUUUGCAGGUAAACUGGGCCAGGAACACUGGAAGGUUGAACAGUUUGCCACGUGGGAUUAUUUCACGCCGAAUCCAAUGGGCUUUAGUGUUUCCACUGAUCAGUUGCCAGGAGACUGUGUCAUCUCUGAGGGGUGGGGUUUUUGCAGUUGCCUGAAAGAAGCGACAUCCAAAGUUUGACUCUUUUGGAAGACAAGUAGAAGCUCCAAAGGAACCAUGCCGCCCAAGCGCAAGGUUUCUGCCCAAACCCCAGCUCCUGUCAAGGGAAAGAAGCUUAAAAAGGAGCCUGAGCCAAAGCCAGAACCAGAGGAAGACAGUUUCCAUUCCACUUUGGUGGCUCUGAAGGCAGCUCCCAAGGAGAAGCUGAAAAGUAAAAUUGACUCUGCCUGUUGGCUGAGCAGCUCUGCUGGUGAUGCUAAGAUUUAUGAGGACUAUGACUGCAUGCUGAACCAAACCAACAUUGGCCACAACAACAACAAGUUCUACAUCAUCCAACUCAUAGAAGAGAAUGGGAAAUACAGUUGUUGGAACCGCUGGGGCCGUGUGGGUGAAGCAGGACAGUCAAAACUCAACAGUUUCCCAUCCUUGGAAGCUGCAAAGAAGGAUUUUGAGAAGAAGUUUCGGGACAAGACAAAGAACAACUGGGCUGACAGAGAUAACUUUGUCUGUCAUGAUGGCAAAUAUACCCUUAUCGAGGUGCAACAGGGGGAUGAAGAAGACCAAGAAGUGAUAGUCAAGGUGGACAGCACAGAUGGAGUGAAGCCAGCCAAGCAGAAAAUACGUCCAUGCACCUUGGAUAAGCCAACCCAGGAACUGGUCUCCCUCAUCUUCAGUAAUGACAUGUUUAAAGAUGCUAUGCAGACCAUGAAUAUAGAUGUGAAGAAGAUGCCCUUGGGGAAGCUGAGCAAACAGCAGAUUGCCAAAGGCUUUGAAGCUUUGGAGGCCAUAGAAACGACCCUGCAGGAGCAGUCAUACUCCCAGAAGAAGCUGGAAGAGCUUUCCUCUCGCUUCUACACCAUCAUCCCCCACAACUUUGGCCGCUGUCGUCCUCCAGCCAUUAAUACGCAAGAGAUCAUCCAGGCUAAGAAAGAUAUGUUGUUGGUACUGGCAGAUAUUGAAUUGGCCCAAAGUUUACAGGCCCAGAAGAAGGAGGAGGAGGAAGAAGAGGAGGAGAUGAAGGAAGUCCCACAUCCACUGGACAAGGACUAUGGACUCUUGAAGUGCCAGCUUACUUUGGUAGACCCAUCAGUGGCGGAUUAUAAGCUGAUUGUAAACUACAUAGAGAAAACAGGCUGCAGUUAUCGAAAACUUAACGUCAUGAAUAUUUGGAAGGUGAACAGGGAGAGUGAGAAUAGCCGUUUCAAGAUCCAUGACCAUCUGCAAAACAGGCGUCUGCUGUGGCAUGGCACCAAUAUUGCAGUUGUUGCUGCCAUUCUGAAGAGUGGCCUGCGCAUCAUGCCACACUCUGGUGGACGUGUGGGCAAGGGCUUGUACUUUGCAUCUGAGAACAGUAAAUCGGCAGGUUAUGUUGGCACCACCUCCAAGCAGGUGGGGAUCAUGUUCCUGAAUGAGGUGGCCCUAGGCAAAGAGCACCGUAUCACCUGCGAUGACUCUUCCCUACGCAAACCACCAGAUGGUUAUGACAGUGUCUUGGCAUGUGGCAGGACUGAACCUGACCCUGCGCAUGAUAAAGAACUAAUCCUGGAUGGGAAAAAAGUACUGAUAUCCCAAGGAAAGCCCAUCCCCAUAAAGCAAUACGAGAGCUCCUCCUUCAGCCAGAGCGAGUACCUCAUCUACCAGGAGAGUCAAUGUCGCAUCCGUUACCUCGUCCAGUUUCACUUCUGAGGGGUUUCUUGGUUUGAUCUCCUACCAGGCCUGAUCUGUUGCAAUUGGGGCCCUUGUCUUUCUAGAACAGUCCCUGUGAGAGGGACUAUAAUACCAGUCUUGAGUGCCUUGAUAUAAGUGACAACACAACAUUCCCCAGCUCUAUGCCAGUGGUUUAUUAGGGAAUUCUGGGGUGCCAGUAAGACUAAGAAGAGAGAAAAUUCUCUCUCUUUUUUUGUUUUGUUCAUGUUUGGAAAGUAAGAAAAAAAGAAUCUUAUUUAAUUGGUUGAAAUAUAUCCCUGAGACAGCUUUGUUGGGGCACAGCCCCUUUAGAAGCAAUUUGGACCGGUGUGUCCUGUAAAUAAAAGUGUGUGUAGGGUUACUUUUUUGUGUGGCUACAUCCGUUCUCAGGUAGUCAAUAUAUCUGCUUUUGUAGCUUCUGCAAUACAGGCCUUGAGGUACAGUAUGGUUCAAUGAAUUGCCUAUGGGCGAGUUGUAUGUAAAAGAUGUGGAUUAAUUUCUUCGAUGAUGUGCACAUCCAUAUAAAAGCUGCCUGGGCAACUGUGACUUUUUAGAUUGUGGCUGCCAGCAUCCUUCACCACUGUUCAUGUAGACUAGAGUUGGAGAGAAUUAUUAUCUAGCAUAACCACUUCUGGUAUAAAGGGGGUCUAUACCUGUUUGUACCCCCCUUCUGCCUAAGUCAGAGUGGAGAAUGCCUGUCCCUCCAGAUGUUUUUGAGAAUCUAAUUCCAUUCAACAGUUACCAGCAUAGUAAAUGGUAAGGAAUCAAUUUCCAAACUUCUGGGCAGUUGCAACAUAUUCACUGGCAAGAUAAAUUUUGCAGUCUGUAGCAUCCCCCACAUUGCCGCUCUCCCAUACCAAAUACCAAGGUUGACUAGUUUGGCAGUUGAGCCUUAUGUCAAGAAUAGCAACAGAACAGUAUCUGAGAGCAAAAGGCAAGCUCAUGGGAAGCAGGGAAGCAAGAUGACACACACAGAUCUGUGUUUGUCAUGCCUUCAAUGCUCUUCUCACAACCCCCCAUCCAUAUCUGUUAUCUGAGGCAUCUGUCUCCAUCUAUGUAAGGGUAGGGCUGGCCCAGCUCAAGUAAUAAACAGCUUUUACAUGAUGUCCCAGUAUAAUGGCACAAUUUUGCAUUCCUUUUGUGCAGUUGUUGCUUUAUAAGUGGCUUAUCUGACUGUUCACCCACUCAUUUCAACUAUCUUUGCUGCUACAGAGCCAGAGAAACUGACGAAAGGUAGCCAUGAAAGCACAACUUGAGAAAUUUAGAUAGAAGAUAUAGACAGCCCUUUUCUAUUGGUUGAACACUUAACAGGUGGGGAAAAGCUGUUGCCUAUAUUUUCCCAUAUUUGCUAAUUCCUAUUACACCCAAGUGUGAUGUGGACAAACUUAGGCGUAGUAGGACUGAGCAAUGUCAAUGGAAAAUGACAGUCGAUGGAAAAAUGACAAUUUAUAUUUAUUUAUUAUAUUUGUAUAUAUAUUCCUACCAAUGUUUUCAAGAUGGAAUACGGAUUCUCUUGUUCGUGGGUCUUUCUUCAUAGUAGCUCGGUAGGAUAGGCCAGACUCAAUGGUGAUCCAGUGGAUUUCAUAGCACAGCAGGAACUGGAACUUGGAUCUCACAAAUCCCAAGUCAAUAGUGUAAUCAUUACAGGCUUGGGGAAUUCAUCCGACAUCAGAACUAGGGAAAGUGUGUUUCCACCUUCACCACCAAUGCCCUGCUCUGCCCCACACGGGUUGUGUGUAUGGCUGAGUCUUAAAGCAGGAAUCACCAAUGGACAGAACAGAUACCAGUAAAUUUGUACUGGUUCUGUCCUUCCUUUGAAUUCUGCUUUGAAAUUAAAGAGCUAGGCUUCUGGAUCUUUAAUAGUGUUUGAGCAGUUGAUAGUUCCUCUGAGAGAGGAAGAAGGGCCUCAGCCUCAAACACUCUUUUUAGGGGUUGAUGAGUUUUUUUUGUCAAGUAUGCUACAGUCAAUCUCUCUAUAAUUACAGUGGAGGGGGGUAUUCCCCGCUGCUUACUCCCAGCUUGAAGAAGAAAUGGCUAGAGUGGUUUAUGAGCCUGCUUUUAAUUUGUGUGAGUGAUUAUCUAAAGAAUUACUGAUAAAAAUCUCAGGCAUAUCUCAGAAAACAAUGUGUUCCUGGGUAUUCCUCCUUUAACAAAAAUAUGAUGCCCAAGGCAGGGAUAGCAUGGAUAAAAUAAGGAUACAUUUCUGUACCACUAAAAAGAAGAGCAACUCAACUUGUUUCAGCAGACUUUUUGUCCAAAACUAACAGUAUACACAUGUGAAAUAAAAUUAGGUCUGGUAAGUCCUUGCAUAAGUAAUCAAAGAUAUUCUCAUGGAGACCACUUUCCUUCUUUCAAAAUGCUUCCAGAGAUUACUUUUCUUUCACAGAACUGCACUUUCCCAUGAUUUCUGUUUUCUUGUCCAAACUUAUAAACCUAUGGUUUUUAAUGUGCUGGAAUAGCUGAUGAGGCAGGCUUACCUGCCACCGCAGUUUUGCUGUUCACAUGUUCUUAGUAAGGGAGCCUGGGGGCAGUUGCUGCUUAUCUUGGUCUUUUUAUAUAAGCACGUUCAACUACAGUAUGAUCAACUACAGCAAAAUUCCAUUUUCCCAUCUCAAGCUUUAUUGUGAUGUUUACAGCAGACAUUCAGUUCCAAUCCAGCACUGGAAGCCUGUGUUUCUUUAUCCCCCACUAUCCUCCCAGUGCCAAUAGAGGAUUUUUUUUUUAAUGCAACUAACAAGAAAAGUAAGAGAAGUUGGAGGCCAAAUGGGUAUGAAAAGACUGUGAGAAGAAUCUUCUUUGUUAGAGGCUUUGUUAGCUGAAUUAUACAUUUAUUAAUAAGACUUAUAGUUUAGCCUCUUUGGCAGCUGCAUUUCAUGAAAUAUGAAUCUGCCCCAUAUUGUUCAGUUAUACAUAUGAAAACCUUUCUCGUUCAUGAGUUUCUCUGGAGUCCACCUGCGUUUUCUUCCUAGUUGUUUUUUACACCCUGAGUUGUGAAACUGGUUUCUUCUGAUAUUUCAACUCAUGCGAAAUGUUGAGUUUUUUGUCUGUUUACAUGCAUGGUUUACAUCUGGUUAAAAUACACCUUGUUUUGUAUUCAUUUGGCUCCUUGGAAAGUAAAAUUUCAUAAAUAUGUUGAAUGCUCCAGGUAAGAGACACAUUGUCUCACAAGUUCUUAGAAGGUUCAAGCACUUUAGUCAAGACCAAGAUAACUUUUUCCAGCUCUUAGCCCAUGUUACGAAUGUUACUUAAUUUGCUUAGCAGUUGCUCUAUUACAUUGUGUCAUGGUGGGGUCUCCAAGCAGCAGUCAGAAACCUGUUCCCAUGUUGAGCUGCUGAUAAGCAGACUGCAGAAUGUAUCCGUGCAACAUAGGUGCUCUUCUACUGGACCUCAUUGUCUCAUUUAUUUCCACUUCAGAAAAUCAUAAAAAGAGACUACCCAUAUAGCAGGCACAAAUUAAUAUUAGCCAUGAAACAAGACAAUGGAAAGCAAUGAUGUCAUUUAUAAUCCUUAUGACCAAAUAUAAAACAAGGACAGGAGCUAAAUCGAUGAUUUCCUUGCAUUUUGCUCUGAGGAAGGCUCUGGCUUUCCUCAGUCUAGAAGGCAUAGUAGUGGAAUCAGACACAUUGUUGCAGUAGUCAGGCCCAAAAGGAGAGCACAGCCCAUCACUGCAUGUCUUCAUCACAACACAGAACAAUGCUACUUUUUCUUUUGAAGCAACAAGUCUGUGAGUGUGCAUGAGAGAGAGAACUGACAGUACUCUCUUGUCAUUAACAGUUUUGUUCUCUCUGAAACAUGACAUCACAACUCCAUCAAAGCACCAGUCUGCAAGUCUAAGCAACCCAGUAGCCCUGUGUUAGGUCUGUGAGAUAUUAGCACCUAUCUUUUGAUAAAAAUAGGAUGCAUGGUUCCCAGACAGCAAUGCUCUAAGGAGCAGAUGUAACAAGCAGUAAAUAUAGAAAAUAAACAAGCAGAACAUGGCAGCCUUUCAUAGUUCAAAUGGCACUGUAAUAUCACAUCAUUAAUAAAGAACUUUUCAAUGCGCA